AUGGGGGUGCCUCUACUACUCGAUGUGCUCCGCAAGCCAGCAACCACGCUCGUCGUCGCGCUCUGCUCCUUCAUCUGGUUCCAGAUCCAGAAACGCGCUAUAAGAUACCCCGACGUGGGGAUAAGCUACGACGCGGUCGUCUCGCACCGCCAGUUCUGGCGGCUCGCGUCCGCGCCGCUCUCGCACAUCUCUCUCCUGCACCUCCUCUUCAACGUCUCCGCGCUCUGGAGCAUGGGCGGGAUCGAAACCCUAACCUCCCCUGACAUCAGCAAGGUUGCCGUUAUGGCCACUGGUGGUGCUGCUGGCAAUGCGACGUCCAGCCAAUGGCAGUCCGCCGUCUCUUCUGUGCCGCUAGCUCCUUCCUCUCCCUCCUCUCUCCCUUCCUCUUCCUUCCCAUCCUCCUCCCAGCCUUCCUCCUCUCUGGCUCAAAGCAUUCCGCACUCUUCCAUUUCUGGCAGCCUUACUGGUCCGAGCAACUCCAGCACAGAACCCUCUGAGCCUGUAGAAUCGACUGCUACUGCUGCCGUGGCGAGAAGAGGAUUGGGAGAAAAUGCCAACGCAGGUCCGAUUCAGGGGCAGAAGCAGCAGAAUUCAGCGGACGAGAGUGAUUGGAAGCAGCAGCAGCAACAGCAGGGUGACAAAGCAGGGUUGCCGACAAACGAGCAGCAUUUGGCGGCGGCAGGAUGGGAGCCAGGAGGGUCCAUCGGGUACCUAAGAGACUCUUUUCUCAUGCUGGUGCUGUCAGGGCUGCUGGGUCUAGCCAUGUACCACGUGCUCAUCCACAGGUGGCGCCUGGAGUAUUUCCGGAGAGUGACAGCAGUGGGGUACUCGUGUGUGGUGUUUGGGUGGAUGACGGUGCUCUCUGUGCGCCGCCCCACCAUCACGCUCUCGGUGUUUGGCCUCAUCAAGCUGCCCGUGUCGCUCGCCCCGUUUGAAUCUCUCAUCUUCACGUCCUUCAUCGUGCCGAAGGGAGGAGUAUACGGCGCGGUGCUGGGCGUUCUAGGAUACUAUUCCAAGGAGAGUGAGUUAAUCCGCGGCGCGAACGCGCUCUACAAGGCGGUGACGCGUCAGGCUGACGACGAGAUGUUCUUAAGAGCGCUCGGCCUCCCCUCGCAGUUCCGCACGCACCACGCGCUGCUCGUGCUGCACACGUGGCUGGCGCUCCUGCGCCUGCGCAAGGAGGGCGCGCAGGGGGCGGCGGUGGGGCAAACCUUCUACGACACGUUCAACCACGACGUGGAGCGGCGCGUGGUGGCGGCGGGGGUGAAAAUGCUCGUCAGCAAGUGGAUGCGCGAGCUCGAGCGGAGCUUCUAUGGCGCCGCUGCUGCUUAUGAUGCGGCAGUGGCGCCUGGUGCGAGCGCGGAUGCUCUCCCCAAGGCCCUCUGGCGCAAUGUGUUUGCAGAGGACGCGUCUGACAUGCCCUCCGGCCUUGCAGCUGCUCCCGUGCAGGCUUUGACGCGUUACGUGCGGCUUGAGCUCGCCUCCCUUGCACUCACAGGUGAGGUGAGGUUAGUGAAGGGCACAACCCCUCGCACCAACAUCCUGGGUUACUCCCCUUCACUUCCAGCUGCGUUGAAAUCACUUUUGAGAAUUCUCAUAAGUGAUUUCAAUAUAGCUCACACCAACAUCCUGGAUUACUCCCCUUCACUUCCAGCUGCGGCUGCAGCCGAGCUAGCAGCUGUGGAGCUCUCCUCUGCAUGCCUGUCUCCUGUACCACUCUCCCUCCACUUUCUCUAA